CUCGUAUUGAGGGGAUGAUCAUUGCCCUGCGUGGUGGGACGGGGAUAGAAUAGAUGCUGCUGUCCGGUUACGAGGCUUGGGGGGGGAGGGGAGCUCGUUUGGGGACGAGGGGAUUCGAGGUUUGGCCCGAAGGAGAAUGUUUCGGUCGGUGGCCUGGUGAUGGGAGGGUUUCCUAUAAAGACGAGCUGCUUGUCCGGUGUUGAGGUGUUUUUUCCCUGCAUCAAGCAUUCAAAGUCUCAUCUCAAGCAUCAGUCUCUCUCACACACACACUCGCCGUCAAACAACCACCCAAACCACCACCUUCAAAAUGCACUACUCCUUCAUCCUCGCCCUCGCUGGCGCUACCUUUGCCGCUGCCGCCCCGGCCGUUAACUCAGCCCGCGCCGAAGGCACUUGGACUCUCCAGGGCUUCGUGCGCACCUGCAACGAUAGCGCCAACACCUGUAACUACAAGUUCAAGAUCAAGGACAACAACUCCGGCCGCGUCGACGCCUGCGACUUCGCCGAUAUCGCCGACAGCACCCGCAAGGCCCGCUGGAGUUCCCCCUCCAACUUGCACUGCGCGGCUAACUCACCCGUGUAUGUCAACGUCGGGUACGACCAGCCUGGAAACUUCUUCGUGAUUGUCCCAGUUAACCGCGAGACCUCGCUGAACGCCUUCUUUGGAUACACAGCUGCUGAGCUCGCUGAUGGCAAGGUUGUGACCCCAGAUCACACUUCGCCUUCUCUGGUUGUCGGGACCUGGGAGAAGAAGAAGGCUGCCGGUGCAGCUGUUAUCGGCCGCGAUGCCGCAGCUAACCUUGGAGCCUGGACUGUUGAGGGACUUCACAGGACCUGCCAAACCAGCAACAUCGCUACCUGCAACUACUCCUUCCAGAUCAACCAGAACGACGGUUCUGAGAAGACCAACUGCUACCUGACCCAGGAGGGUGCCCCAACCCAGAGCUUCUACACCGCCGUCUGCCAGAAGCAGGUCGACUGGGUCAUCUCGUGGGGUUACAACGACCAGUAUGGAUAUGCUGUUAUGACUGUUGUCAAUGUCCCAAAACAGGUUGAUGCCUUCUUCGGAUUCAACGAUGUUAACCUCGUCACCGACUUCCCCAACAUCGGCCCCAACCCAGUUUACGCUCUGUAAGCAAUGAUAUGGCACACAAGCCAUUUUGGCUUUGAAGGGAGAUGAGAGAGAUCUAAUUUACAUGAUUUACUGUUCUGCAUAUGCGAGGAUGGGCAUUGGGGGUUCUUAGUUAUGCUUUUAAGGUGUUUGCGAGGACAUUAGAGGUGUCUGAAUUAGUUAAUGAAAUUUACAUUGGAAUGAUUAUAUU